AUUAUAAUAUUCGGUUAUGUGGAUGGAGUAUUGUAUACUAAAUAGUCAACUUUGUAGAUUAAAAUAAUAAUAAUAAUAAUUAUCAUAAAGUGUUGUUUCCACGAAGUUACUCCAUCUACUAAAUCAACAAGUUAGCAAAUCAUCAACUUUGUCUUCAUAAAGAAAUAAUCAAAUUCGUCUUUAUAAGCAAACACUCAAACUCGAGAAAUUAGGUAGAACAAAUGGAAGAUAAUCGCCAGAGAAGAGUGUUGAUGGUCCCAGCUCCGUUCCAAGGCCAUUUACCUUCGAUGAUGAACUUAGCCUCAUGUCUUUCUUCCCAAGGCUUUUCAAUCACAAUCGUUCGAACCAAAUUCAAUUUCAAAGAUAUCUCCGCUAACUUCCCUAAUUUCAAGUUCUUCACCAUCGACGACGGCUUGUCAGAAUCCGACGUGAAGUCUCUCGGGCUCCUUGAAUUUGUCCUGGAGCUUAACUCUGUCUGUGAACCCCUAUUGAAAGAGUUUCUAACCAAUCAUUAUGAUGUUGUUGACUUUAUCAUUUAUGAUGAAUUCGUUUACUUCCCUCGACGUGUUGCGGAAGAUCUGAAUCUGCCAAAGAUGGUCUUUAGCCCUUCUUCCGCGGCUACUUCGAUCAGCCGGUGUGUGCUUAUCGAGAACCAAGCAAAUGGGUUACUUCCUCCACAAGAAGCAAGAGCUGAACUUGAAGAAAUGGUGCCAGCCUUUCAUCCCUUUCGGUUUAAAGAUCUGCCAUUUACAGCUUAUGGAUCUAUGGAGAGACUAGUGAUACUUUACGAGAAUGUAAGCAAUAGAUCUCCAUCUUCUGGCAUAAUACACAACUCUUCGAAUUGCUUAGAGAACUCAUUCAUAUUAACUGCACAAGAAAAGUGGGGGAUUCCAGUAUACCCGGUUGGUCCACUUCAUAUGACCAAUUCGGCAACGUCAUGCCCGAGUUUAUUUGAAGAAGAAAGAAACUGUCUUGAAUGGCUUGAGAAGCAAGAAACAAACUCGGUGAUCUACAUAAGCAUGGGGAGCUUGGCGAUGACACAAGAUAUAGAGGCUGUGGAAAUGGCCAUGGGAUUUGUCCAGAGUAAUCAACCCUUCUUGUGGGUGAUCCGACCUGGCUCUAUAACCGGACAAGAAUCUUUAGACUUCUUACCGGAACAGUUCAUGCAAACGGUAACCGAUGGAAGAGGUUUUGUAGUGAAAUGGGCACCACAGAAAGAGGUGUUAAGGCAUAGAGCAGUGGGAGGGUUUUGGAACCAUUGUGGAUGGAACUCGUGCUUGGAGAGCAUAAGCAGUGGCGUACCAAUGAUUUGCAGGCCGUAUUCUGGUGAUCAAAGGGUGAAUACUCGGCUUAUGUCACAUGUUUGGCAAACUGCGUUUGAGAUCGAAGGUGAAUUGGAAAGAGGAGCCGUUGAGAUGGCCGUGAGGAGGCUCAUUGUGGAUCAGGAAGGUGAGGAGAUGAGAGUGAGAGCCACCAUAUUAAAGGAGGAGGUUGAAGCUUCUGUCACAACCGAAGGCUCGUCUCACAAUUCUUUAAACGAUUUGGUCCAGGCAAUAAUGAUGCAAAUUGACCAACAAUGAUUAGUGGAAAAUUUAAUGUGUAUGAAAUCAUGUGUGUAAUGUUUUAUUUUUAAACUAGAAUUAUGUGUGGCUAAUAUAAAUAUGGAUGUGUGCAAGCAU